UGAGUAUUUUCUUUUUUUAUGAAUAAAAAAAAGAAAAUAAACAGUUCCCUCUCAGUUUAACAGUCAUGCGAUUGGAUGUUGAAUCCUUUUCCAUAUGAGCAAUUAGCAGUACUUGCUAAAAAUUAAUGACAAACGAAAUGUCAGUUUUGACCACGGUCUUACAUACCGUGGUUCUGACAAAAAGAAAUUGAUUAUAUAUAUUUAAUUUAUUGUCGUAUUUUGUAUUUAGAAUUAUAUUAAAAUUUAGUUCAAGAAUUGCUGUUCACAGUGAAAUUUGAAAUACCGAUCAAAUACACCGAAAAUACUGGAGAUAUGUAUUUUCAUGAUCUACAAUUGUAUCAAAAUGUUCCAUGCGGAGAGAUAAUGUUAAAUGAACUGCAGGAAAUAUGUCAGACACGGCUUAAAGUUCUUACUUUGGUAGAGCGUAUACAUUUACAAAAAUUGACAAUGUCUGUGUCGCAACGCAAGGUUACCUUGGUCAAUGAAUUGUACAAGGAAGGAUUAGAUGAAUUUGCAAGACUGAUUAAUAGUGCUGAAUGUAAAUCACAUACAAAUGAGGAUAUAUGUAUCAGAAGAAGAGAUCAUAUAUCUCAUUUUGUAUUAAGAUCUGUAGUUGCCUUCAAUAUACUCAAGAAACGUUGGUUUUUUAAGCAAGAAACACGAUUGUUCAAAUGGAGAUUUUCUUCAUUAAAUAACGAAGGAGUCAAGCAGUUUAUGUGCAUUAAUGGCUUUAAUUUUACGCCUAUUAGUCAAAAUCAAAAAGAAGAACUCAAGGAAUAUCUUCAAAUGUCUUCUCCAUAUGUUAAUAACAUUGACAAUACACAAUUUUACAAAGUGCCUUUCUCUCAUGUAACUAGUUUAGUUAAAAAGCGUAAAAUUUUUGUUAUGUAUGGUGAAGCUUUUGUACCUGAAGAAGAAAUAGCAUUUAUGUUUGUUCCAUACUUUAAGAGAAUUCUAAUAUCAAGUUUUGAAGCCGCACGUGAAAAUAGAGCUAAUUUAUACAAUGACGAAAGAUUCACUCGCAUUUUUGCCAAUUUAGAAAAUAAUAUUCAUAUUGAGAAUACUAUACUAGUACAAGAUCAAGAAGUGCGACAAUAUGUUUCACUUAAUCAGUUGGAUAAGCUUUCAGAAACCUCUUAUCCUCUCUGCAUGAGAGUGCUCCAUAAAGCAUUAAGGAAGAAUCAUCAUCUUACACAUGGUGGUAGAAUACAGUAUUGUUUGUUUCUGAAGGGAAUAGGAAUUUCUUUAUCUGAUGCAAUGAUUCUAUGGAAGAAUGAGUUUACAAAAAUAAUGGACGAGGCUACAUUUAACAAAGAGCACAGUUAUCAAGUAAGAUUUGCCUUUGGACAGGAAGGUAGUCGACGAGAUUAUCAACCCUAUACAUGUAUAAAAAUUAUGGAAUCGAUUGUUGGACCCAGAGAUUAUCACGGAUGUCCUUUUAAACAUAUGGUGCAGGAUGUACUUGAAGAUGAACUUGCUAACUGUGGUUUUAAUGCAUUAGAGAAAUCAACAAUAAUAAACUUAUCGAAGAAUGGCCAAUAUUCUGCAGCAUGUAACAAGUAUUACGAAAUCAAACAUAAUUGUUUUAAUGACACUCUGUUCAAACAUCCAAAUAUAUAUUUUAAUGAAAGUGUAAAACAUCAUACCUCCCAUCAUUAUGGUCUGGAUAUGGAAACAGAAGAUAUAUAUUAAUUAUUAUAUAAAACAAAAAUAUCUGAAGCAACAGGAACUAUCGUAAAUUAUAUUUCAUAUCAACAAAGAAAGAAUAGACAGCAAUUUUUAUAAACAUCUAAUUAUAAAUAUAUAAUAAAUGCUGAUUUCUUUCAAAUUAAAA